AUGUUUGGUCCCAUUCCAACCAUUGAAGAGAUGGUUAACUCUAUUGCAGAAGAGUAUACUGAAGAUCUUGAGGUGAUGCCAACAGAUGAGGAGAUUGUUGCUGCUGUCAAGCAUGAUAUUGCAGUAGAAAAUGGGGAAAUAACUGUCAUUGAUGAUGAUGAGGAGGAAGAAGAGGAAGAGGAGGAUUUCUUUUUUCUUGCGGUGCAAAGGCGACCACCGCGAGGCUACCCGAGACGAGAAGCACCGAUGGAAGAAUUAGGAUGUGAAGUUCCAGUUUUCAAGUUCGUUGAUUAUGCUAUCAGAUCCCUUCAGUCCAUUACAAUUGGACCGUCUAGAGUGCCCUUCUACCUCGUCGUGUAUGCCAUCUUCGCCAUUUCAUCGAGUUCAUCCCAAAUGCUGUAUCGCCAACGUUCAGUUCACAUCAGUGUUCCCGCAAAAUAUUCGAUCUCCGCAAGCUACUUUCUAAGCGCGAGUCUCGCCAUUUGCAACUACCGGUUGUGGUAUGGGUUAUAUCCUUCCCAUGGGCCUGUCAUCGAUUAUCCCUUCUCGCUUAUGUACAUACACAAAGACGAGCUUCCAUGCAGCCACACAUGGGCCUGUCUUAUCGAUGCUUGGACCUUGCUGCGUGGUACUUCCGUGAUAUCAAACCAAUGUCAAAUGGUUGUCUUCGCUCUCCAAACAGCGACAACCAUUAUCAAACACCCCCACUUCUAUGUAUACUAUUCCAAUGCGCACCAGGGCAGAAAAGAGAUGCAGUUCAAUGAAGGUCCAAAGGCCGAGAACUUGGACACAUCUAUCAUAUCAGGAGCUAUCUCAUCUGAGCUUUGUGGCUAUUUCAUAUGGGGUGCAAUUUUGGCCCAAGUCUUCCGACGACUCCGUGCUGGGGCAGUUAUGGGAUGCCAGAUGGUGAUUGGGGGAUGCUGUUCUUCUAUGGUGCGCACUAAGCCCAGGAGCGGAAGUUCCGGUUCUUCGGUCUGGUUAAUUGUGCGUAUUAUUGUUUCUCUGGGUGGCUUCAAGCUUAUUGGGCUCCUAGACAUUCAGUCUCGAGACUCCGGUGUUUGCAAAGACUGGACCAUGUCAAAUUUACGUCGUUAUCAGUAUCUGUUCAUGUCAUUCAUGGCCUUUGCUGUAAUGCUGAGCAUUGAUUUGACCGUCGAAUACCGAAUUUUCGUUCCGAUAUCACCCCUUGUGGUUCACAGGAAAUGGUUUUGA